AUUGCUUUGGCGCCGUCUGGGGAGCACGAUCCCGCGAGUAGCGCGCAGCGCAUGGUGGCGGCGCCUCUGGGAGCGCAGCCGACCCGCUGACCCGGGCUCCGUUCCCCCUGCCCAGCGCGGCCCGGCGGCCGGCUGGAGGCAGAAACAGCAGCAGCAUUAGCUUUAGCAGCGGCGGCGGCGGCUUCGCCGCCGUCUCCGCGGGAGCAUGGAGUGCGCGCUGGACGCCCAGAGCCUGAUCAGCAUCUCCCUGCGCAAGAUCCACAGCUCCCGGACCCAGCGCGGCGGCAUCAAGCUGCACAAGAACCUCCUGGUGUCCUACGUGCUCCGCAACGCGCGCCAGCUCUACCUGAGCGAGCGCUACGCCGAGCUCUACCGGCGCCAGCAGCAGCAGCAACAGCAGCAGCCGCCCCACCACCAGCACCAGCACCUCGCAUACGCGGCGCCAGGCAUGCCAGCCAGCGCGGCCGACUUCGGCCCGCUCCAACUUGGCGGCUGCGGCGGCGGCGGAGACGCGGAGGCGCGCGAGCCUGCCGCCCGGCACCAGCUGCACCAGCUCCACCAGCUCCACCAGCUGCACCUCCAGCAGCAGCUGCACCAACACCAGCACCCGGCGCCCAGGGGCUGUGCGGCGGCGGCGGCCGGGGCGCCCGCGGGCGGCGCGGGGGCGCUCUCGGAGCUGCCCGGGUGCGCGGCGCUCCAGCCGCCGCACGGCGCUCCCCACCGCGGGCCGCCCAUGGAGCCGCUGCAGCCGAGUCCUGCGCCGCUGCCGCUGCCGCCGCCUGCGCCCGCCGCGCUCUGCCCGCGGGACCCUCGCGCCUCGGCCGCCUGCUCCUCUCCCUCUGCGCCCCCAGGGGCCGCCCCUCCGGCCGCCGCUUCCCCGCCCUCCUCCCCGACCCCGUCCUCAUCCCCUGGCUUCUACCGGGGCGCGUACCCGGCCCCCUCGGACUUCGGCGUGCACUGCAGCAGCCAAACCACCGUGCUGGACCUGGACACUCACGUGGUGACCACGGUGGAGAACGGCUACUUGCACCAGGACUGCUGCGCCUCCGCCCACUGCCCCUGCUGUGGCCAGGGCGCCCCAGGACCCGGCCUGGCGCCCGCAGCCGGAUGCAAGCGCAAGUAUUACCCAGGCCAGGAGGAGGAGGACGACGACGAGGAGGACGCCGGCGAGCUGGGGGCCGAGCCCCCCGGGGGCGCCCCGUUCGCCCCCUGCAAGCGCGCCCGCUUCGAGGACUUCUGCCCGGACGCGUCCCCGGACGCGUCCAACAUCUCAAACUUGAUCUCCAUCUUUGGCUCGGGCUUCUCGGGGCUGGUGAGCCGACAGCCGGACUCCUCGGAGCAGCCGCCGCCGCUCAACGGGCAGCUGUGCGCCAAGCAGGCGCUCGCCAGCCUCGGCGCCUGGACUCGAGCCAUUGUCGCCUUCUAGGGACCCCUGAAGGCGCGGGGCCCCGGGGCCCCGCAGGGCUGGGGCCAAACAAAGACUUGGGCAAGGGGCGAGAGAAGGGAGUGAGCGGGCGCCCGGCCACUCGGGGCUGACCUGGGGGCGAGCAGUGGGUGGCGGCUGAUGUUUUAUAAAUUGUAAAAUAAAAAGAAAAAGAAAUCUAAGAUCUUGGACUUUAUUUUUGCAGAGAGAAAAAGCGCCUAUUUAAGAUGCUUUGUAUUUCCCCUACUCUUUUUUUCUUUUUAUUGUAGUGAUUGCAGUGGUGUUUUUAGCAAGGAGCCAGCCACGUGAGGGAGGGCUGCUGCCCAGAGGAGGUGCCGGGCAGCCGGGGGCAAGGCAGGACGCCCAGGCCACCCGGGCCCGCCGGGGGCGCAGCGCAGGAGGGCGCGGGGCCGGGAAGGCCGAUUCUCAUCGGUUGUCAGACCCAGGAACCCGGGCGCUCGGUUCUCCCGAGUCCCAUCAUGGGGUGAGGGAUGGGUCUUGUGAAAUCCUGAGUAAAAACAAAGGCAAACUCUAUCUCCGAAAGGGACGUUUGGGUCACAUUUCCUCUCUGGGGGCGGCCUCCAAAGUUCUCAAAAUGAGAAGGCAGAAAUGAAAACACUUCAACUUUUUUUUCUUUUCUUCCCAGGGCGGGUGUCUUGAAUCCCUCCUCUCUCCGCCCCUCUGGCUCGGUUCUUUUCCCCUCCCCCCCGCACCCCCCCGCCCCCGUCUCCUGAACUCGGGGGAAGUGUCCGACACCCGGACACUCACGGACACUCACGGACACUGUUUGGGGAAGGGGUGGGGGGCGGGCACGCCGGACUACAUUUCCCAUCAUGCCCAGCAUUGCGGUCCUCCCUAAACAAAAAAGGAAGUCGAUUCCAUCACCUGGAUCCCAGCGGCCCCGGGGGAGGGAGGGGCCGCCGACUGCGUUGGAGACUUUUCACUAAGUUCCUGGUCAGAUGUGGUGUUUGUGUGUGUGCUUCUAAGUUGCGCUUUCCUGAUUCAGCCUUCGGUUGCAUUUAAUGAAACCAGCAUUGUUCGAGCCUGUGAGAAACCCGUCCUGUGUCUUCAGCUAGAUAGAUUUUGUUUAAUUUAAAAACCUUUUGUUGUAAAAAGGUGGGGGUUCAUCUACAGCCCCUCUGGCCUUCUGCCAUCAGCACCAUGUGGACCCCGAAACAAGUUACCAACCCAUCCUUUCUCGGCCCUUCUUUCUCAUUCUCAUGUAUUUUUGUGCAUACUGAAUUGUAUAUCACCAGAUAAAACUGUUCAGAUUGUUUAAAUUUAUAAACUUAAUAAAAAGGCAAUUAUAGAGGAUGAUGGUGCCUUGUUUUCAGAGAGGCCUGGGGGUGUGGCGAGGAUAGAUGGGGUGGGAAGACACACACACACACACACACACACACACGCAAACCCUAGCUCUCCUGGGCGUGGGCGGGUGGGAUCUGCCCACAUAUGCAGGGCCAGGGAGGGGGCCAAGGGUGGGAAACGCUGGGGAUAAAGCCGGUGCCGCGCGCAUCCCAAGCCCCCUCUCCUCGCGUGACCUGCGCCCCGACUGGAACAGGCAGCCUCCGGGGUCUGCAGCAGGAAACCGAGCUAGCCUCCAGCAGAUUUCCUGCCCAUCCAGGGCGCAGGGCCUGGUCGGCCUCGGCUCUGAGCUCUCUGCAGCCGGGGAGAGCAGCUGGGGGACGCUGGGGGGCUGCUGGGCCACCCACACUCCCCACCCGGCGCCUCCGCCCGCACGUCCGCACGUCUCGAGCUGCAACUUGGGGAAGUUUUUCCUUUUCCUUUUUUUUUAAGUUGAGUUUGUUAUCACUGCUCGGUGCCACUUGGUGGUGUGCUGGCGGCGUCUCCCUCCCUCCUCGCGCUCCUCCCCUCUCCUUCUCCUCUCCCUCACUCCCGCCUCUCUUCCCUCCCGGGUGGAUGGAGGCAGGAAGGCUUCAGGCGCGCUCUCCGCUCUGACCACCUACUGAAUGACCUCAGAGUGGGAGAAUGUGCCAAGGCCCCAAGGAAGCUCGCGUUCUCCCCACUGGAACCAAAUUCACAUCUGGAGCCGCGGCUCAGGCCCGGGGGCGCGCAGGGUGGUUCCAGCUCUGCAAAGAGAAGAUAGGAAAAAAAGAGCCACCCCCCCCCCAAAAGGAAAGGGGCAUCUUUGCUCUGUUUGUUUGAUAGUGUCUCUCUCGGUGUCUGUCUCUGGCUGUCUCCCCUAGGCUCGUUCUCUCUUAUCCCUGCGCUUCCCAUUCCUGCGCGAGCCUCUUAUUUACCCCGCAAGGCAGCUCACUCCCCCCACCCCAGCCUUCCCGCCACCAGCAGCAAGAGGAGGGGCUGCGGCCGAGAGGCCCCCACCCUAGACUCUGAGAAGCGGACCCAAUCCAGUCUCAGAGGCCCGCGCGGGCCCGGAGUCGCGAGAGGCGAAGUUCUCGGGGACAUUCAAGAGCGCGGGGGGCUGCAAAGGUCCGCGAUGGGGGUUGGGGAAGAGGGAGGCUCUGAAGGCUUGAGUUAUGGAGAAGAAAGGCACCUUCACCACCCGCCCCCCCCCCCCCAGGGCUGCUUUCUCGGCCUCCCACGGGAAGAGUCUAGAGCUGCUGGGGAGGGGUAACAGCGCGUCCCCCUCCCCAUUUUUUCCCUGCACGUCCAAGGAAAUAGCUGUUUGAUGCACGGUUUUGAUUCGAUCCACCAAGCCAAUUGCCAGAGCUCCCCCUAGCGUCGCUUCAAUGGCGCUGCAGCGGUUGCGGCAGGGAGUGGGCGAGGCACAACCUCUGGCGGAGGGGCUGCUGGGGGGCUGCUCAGUGCCCACCUGGGGCGCACAGCGGCGUGGAGACCCAGCCCUGGCGGGGGCGGGACGCUUUAAGAGCCUGCGUCCCCAUUCCUGGCCCGCGUCGGGGAGGGGGCACGUGGUCUUCCGCCUUUGUUGGGAUUGCGGAGCUGGCCACGGGAAGGGACCCACCAAGAGGUUUAGGAAGUCCCCUACAUGUCCCCGGGAUCCCCGCGGCAAAGGAGUGUAGGUCGCGGGCUGCGAAAUAAGAGCUCGGAACUCAACCGGACCUGGAACCUGGGUUGUCUUCCCUUCCGCCAGGUUUUCUGAGUUUAAGCUGCUCAGGGAGACUCAGGCGGGAUUGGGAUCAGAACCGAGUGAAACCGGAGGAUGGAGACGGAGGACCCGGGGAGCAGUCGGGAGAGAAAUGCUCUCCCUCCUCCCCCCCACCCCCGCACACCUUAUCUUUUCAGGGCCCGGGGCCCUCGGUCAGACACGCAAAGGGUUAAUGCGUUGACCCUAAUACGCGGUGACCCAAAACAAAACCCAAUGGCAAUCUACAUCCCCCACCAAGACACUCCACACAAAACAGUAACACACCCCACAGCCCUGAUACUACCCUGUGCGCCACACCCGGCAAAAACACCGUCCCCAACACAUGACUCUCUAAGCAGCAUCCUCAUGCCACUCACAAACCGCCCCCCACCCCCGCACUGGCACAGCAUACAACAUGCCCGCCAAGCACACACAGAGAGA